AUGUCUCGAAAUGGUGAAAGAAGUUACGCACAAACUUAUAAAUUAGUUGUUGUUGGUGGUGGGGGUGUUGGUAAAUCUGCUAUAACAAUACAAUUUAUACAAAGUUAUUUUGUCACGGAUUAUGAUCCAACUAUUGAAGACUCUUACACAAAACAGUGCGUAAUAGAUGAUGUACCAGCCAAGCUCGACAUUUUGGACACGGCGGGGCAAGAAGAAUUUAGCGCAAUGCGGGAACAAUAUAUGAGAAGUGGUGAAGGAUUUUUAUUGGUAUUUUCCGUAACAGAUCAUUCUUCUUUUGAAGAAAUUGCUAAAUUUCAUAAGCAAAUUUUGAGAGUUAAAGAUCGGGAUGAAUUUCCGAUGCUUAUGGUUGGUAAUAAAUCGGAUUUAGAUCAUCAAAGAUAUGUACCAAUGGACGAAGCACAAAACAUGGCUCGCGUAUUAAAAAUUCCGUACAUCGAAUGCUCGGCAAAAUUGCGCAUGAAUGUCGACCAAGCGUUCCACGAGCUCGUAAGAAUCGUCAGAAAAUUUCAACUUUCCGAGCGGCCGCCUCUCAAGCCUAAUUAUAAGAAAAAUAAAAAGAAAUGUUGUAUGUUAUAA